AUGAAUAAUAUCUUACAACAGACUUGUCGCCAGAAUGAUUACAAUUGCAUAGAUACAUUUGUUACUCCAGAUAAGAAUUUACUAUCAAAAUCAUCAAUGACUGCUGCAAGUACUCCUUUUACUCCAGGGACAAAUGACAGUUUAUUCCAUUCCGCAUCUAAAACUAAACAAAAUGCUAAGUCGCCAUCGUCUUCUACUUCUAGUACGCCGGUAAAAUUAUCUUUGAAUAUUGGUGAAAAUGGCAAAGCCUCAAUUAUUGGGUUUUCACCAUUCAAUUCCAGAUCUUUAUCCGUUGAUAAGGGCAAUAAAAUUACUAAACCUCAGAAUAAUGAAAAGACAAGGGUAUUGAAUUUAUUGAAGAAGAUGAGAAACAAGACAAGUGUCUACAACUCAAAAAUUAUAAUAAUAUACCUAGAAAGACGAAGACUCUACCAAAUACCUAUAAAAAGAAAAAAUUCUGUAACCAUUGAAUUACCGGCAAUUAAAGAAAUAAAGGCCACGAAUGAAUUGGAGCAAAAAGAGUUAAACUCAAACGUAUCUGACUCUAAGAAAUAUUCUACUGACGGUACUAGCUUAUCCAUCAACAAAAAAACAACGGACACACGCCAAGUGACAAAUACAGCUAGUGGUACCUCGAAUAAUACUAAUGUUAUCUUGCCAUCGAUAUCAAUUACUAGUUCACCUGCCGUACCCACGACACCGAGAGCUAUGGCAUCUGCUGCAUUACAAUUCCGAACUGGGUUUACCCCCUCCAUGGGACUUGACAAGAUAUUAUUGGAAAAUAUUGCCUCUCCUCGAGCUCACAGCAAUAAUAAUAAUGGCAAUAAUGUACCAUUGCAAGGAAACCAUAGCCAGUUUGGUAGCCCUAGUGCAAUGCUACAAAUGUUAAUGUCACCAAAAUCAAAGCUUCCCUUGCCAAAGUCAAACCUUCAAAAUCAUACACAGCAACAGCAACAGCAACAGCAACAGCAACAGCAACAAAACUCCGGAUUAUAUGACAAUAAUUGGAACGUCAACACCUUGCUUCUGUCAUCUCCAAAUAUUAUCAUGGGACGUAGAUCGUCUUGGGUAAAAUUUGAAUCGCCAGUCUUUAUACCCUUUGGAAAUCAAGAACAAUCAAAUCCUGCUCCUUCACAAAGUAAAAUAGAUAAUAGUACUUCGAACACUAGUACAGAUGGGAAUUCACCCAUGCCAAUAUCAUCCAUACUGGGAACGCCAACAGGAGCCAAUCAACAUGUUGAAUUAAACACGACUGCAGAAUUACAAUUCACUCCAUUAUUCCCAUCUUCAUCAUCACCUUUGAAAACUGCUCUAGUGCGUGAGGAGAAAGAUGAUGCAAGAAUGGCGUUAAAGAAACUAAUGAAAUAA